AUGUUGUUGGGAGAUGAAACCAAACCAAAAACAUCAAGUUUUAAUGAAGAUCUGUGUUUGAGCCUCGUAGCUGCAAAUAUACCUUGGUUUAAACUACAAAAGCCAGUCUUCCGCGACUUUUUACAAAAUUAUACAAAAGAACAACAUUCCUGAUGAAAGCACUCUACGCACUCUAAGUCUUUCUUACAUCCAUGUUAUGUAAAAACAAUUGAAAAAAUUAGAGAAAAAAUUGGGGACUCGUAUAUAUAUUUAGUCGUUGAUGAAACUACAGAUAUCAAUGGUAGUUAUAUUGCAAACCUUUUAGUUGGUGUGUUAAAUGAACAAAAUGCUAGCAAACCAUUUUUAAUUUCAUGUAAAAAAUUAGAUAAAACUAAUCAUUCGACGAUUUCUCGCUUUGUAAAUGACAGCCUAAGAAUAUUGUGGCCUCAUGGUGGGAAUGAUGAAAAAGUAUUACUUUUAUGUUCCGAUGCAGCGCCAUAUAUGAUCAAAGCUGGUAAAACACUAAACGUAUUUUUUCCUAAUAUGAUACACAUUUCAUGUCUUGCUCACAUGAUCCAACGUCUAGCAGAAAAAGUUAGAGAAAUGUACCCCAAUGUAAAUACUUUGGUAAGUAAUUUAAAAAAAGUAUUUCUUAAAGCACCUCAGAGAGUAGAUGUAUACAAAGAAAUAAUGCCCAGUGUGCCCUUGCCGCCAGAACCAGUACUAACCAGAUGGGGGACAUGGGUUGAAGCAGCUAAUUUUUGUGCAGAUCAUUUUGAUAAUCUUAAAAUAAUUUUACAAAAACUAGAAGAUAAAAAUGUUGUUA